CUCCACAUCCUGGGCUUGUCCGUCUUUGAUCCGCCUCCCAUCACAAGAUCCGUAACAAUUGGUCCUCCAACUUCCUCACCUCAUCGGCCAAGAUACACAAGACCACGGGGCUGCAUAAUUGGAUUGAGACUUUUCACAGCUUGGACAAGAUCCAUGUCAAUGAUCCAAAUUCUCCAUGGGACUCUGCUGAUGCCGCUAUCAGCUGCCACUACCGAUCACGCCGAUGGAGCAGGACAUGCAUGGAUGCAUCGUCCCAUCAGAUCAGGUCAGGAAAUGUUUAGAACCCUCCUCUCUAAAUUACAAGAGGAAGCCCCAUGCCCUUGCUAAAACUAAAUGGUGGAGGAGAUUGGCUUGUGUUAGAUGCUUUGUGUGUGCGGAUGUGUUGCCUCUUCAUUUCUUGAUACUAACUGAUAAUAGGGUACCCAUUCUUCAGUAUAUUCUUCAUGAUGGCGACAUCUGGGGUUUGUGGCGACAGCAUGAGCGGCGUCGCCGCCGUGGCUGCAGGUGUAAACUGAAGCUUGGCACUCGCAAGAAACUGAUGCAUAGAGUUUGGUAGAAGAUUAUAAAAAUCCAAUGUACAUGACCAAGCCACUUCUUGAUUGAAGAAGAUAGCUUGCAAACAUUACGACUAAGCUUCUAGCUAGGAGGUGACAGUUAGUAAAAUUAUCGGAUCAUCUUUUAUGAUGUUGUACUGUGCUUAGCUAUAUGUGUGUAGUACUGAAGUGGGAAUAGUCAAGUGAAACGAGGAUUGCUUGUAAUGCAUGAACAGUUGUGAAUGUACAAGUUAGAUCAACUUUGUACUAUGCAUUGGUCUGCUUAGUUGAGUACUAUGGAAUGCUUUGUGGUGGAAUAAAUUAUUGAUUGUUGCUA